UCGUGAAAUGACGAUCAUCUCCGGCAAGUGUGUGCGCGUUGGCUUCAUUCGUUCGGCGACAUGGCGGCAGAUCUCGGCCAGUUUCAACAGCUUCUGAACACACUCCUCAGCACAGACAACGAUGCUCGCACGCAAGCGGAGGAGGCGUACGGUAAUCUUCCAGUGGAAAGCAAGGUGACAUAUCUCCUGACCACCAUAUGCAAUGGCUCCCAAGCAGAGGAGAUGCGGGCCAUGGCAGCGGUACUGCUGCGCCGAUUGUUCUCCUCAGAAUUCAUGGACUUCUAUCCGAAGAUUCCGCUGGAGGCGCAGGCCCAAUUGAAGCAGCAGAUUCUGCUGUCCGUUCAAAAUGAGCAGACGGAUACCAUACGACGCAAGGUGUGCGAGGUCGCGGCGGAGGUCGCGAGGAAUCUAAUAGACGAGGACGGCAACAACCAGUGGCCAGAGUUCCUCUCGUUCCUAUUUCAGUGUGCGAACAGUCCGUCGCUGGCGUUGAAGGAGAGCGCGCUUCGCAUGUUCACAUCCGUCCCGGGAGUGUUCGGCAAUCAGCAAGCGAACUACCUCGACCUCAUAAAACAAAUGUUGCAGCAGUCUGUCAUGGACGCGACGAACUACGAGGUCAGGUUUCAAGCCGUGAGAGCGAUCGGUUCGUUCAUAACGUCGCACGACAAGGAGUACAACAUUCAGAAGCACUUCUCGGAGCUGGUACCAGCGCUCGUGCAAGUGACCGCUCAAUCGAUAGAGAAACUGGACGAUGACGCGCUCAUCAAGGUGCUGAUAGACCUGGCGGAGACUACGCCCAAGUUCCUCAGGGGUCAGCUGGACAACAUAAUGCAGAUGUGCAUGAACGUGUUCUCCAACGAGGACAUGCCCGACUCUUGGAGGCAGCUAGCGUUAGAAGUGCUGGUAACUCUGGCCGAGACCGCGCCGGCCAUGGUGCGUAAGGUCGGCGGCAAGUACAUCGCGUCGCUGGUGCCAUUGGUACUGAAAAUGAUGACCGACCUGGAGGAGGACGAGAAGUGGAGUUUCUCUGAUGAGAUCGUUGAGGAAGACAACGACAGUAACAACGUAGUUGCCGAGAGUGCUUUGGACAGAUUAGCCUGUGGCUUGGGCGGCAAAACGAUGCUGCCACAGAUCGUGCAGAAUAUUCCCACGAUGUUGAACAACAGCGAUUGGAAGUACAGGCAUGCGGCACUUAUGGCUAUUUCAGCUGUUGGUGAGGGAUGUCACAAGCAGAUGGAAACCCUGUUACCGCAAAUAAUGGAAGGCGUCAUACAAUAUUUGCAGGAUCCACAUCCCCGCGUCAGAUAUGCCGCCUGCAAUGCCGUUGGCCAGAUGUCCACAGAUUUCUCGCCUACUUUCGAAAAGAAAUUCCACGACAAAGUCAUCCCGGGUCUGCUGAUGGUGCUGGACGAUAACGCGAAUCCUCGAGUUCAAGCCCACGCAGGAGCAGCUCUCGUCAAUUUUAGUGAAGAUUGCCCAAAGGAUAUCCUCACACCAUACCUCGAUGCCAUAAUGGCGAAACUUGAAUCCAUAUUGACCGCGAAAUUCCACGAACUCGUUCAGAAGGGAACGAAACUCGUGCUCGAACAGGUUGUUACCACGAUUGCCUCCGUUGCUGACACCUGCGAGGAACAGUUUGUGACUUAUUACGAUAGAUUGAUGCCUUGUCUGAAGUACAUUAUUCAGAACGCGAGCCAGCAGGAGCACAAAAUGUUACGAGGCAAGACCAUUGAAUGCGUUAGCCUGAUUGGCCUGGCGGUCGGCCCGGAGAAGUUUAUUGCGGACGCCAGUGAAGUUAUGGACAUGUUGCUUAAAACGCAUACAGAAGGCGAUCUUCCGGACGACGAUCCGCAGACUAGUUAUCUCAUCUCCGCUUGGGCCAGAAUUUGUAAAAUUCUUGGGAAACAAUUUGAGCAAUAUUUGCCAUUGGUGAUGGGACCUGUUCUGCGAACAGCUGCUAUGAAACCUGAGGUCGCACUGUUGGACAACGAGGAUAUGGAAGGCAUUGAGGGCGAUCUCGAUUGGCAAUUCGUUUCAUUGGGCGAGCAGCAGAACUUCGGUAUUAAAACUGCUGGUUUAGAGGAUAAGGCUUCGGCUUGCGAGAUGCUGGUUUGCUAUGCUCGCGAGUUGAAGGAAGGUUUUGCGGAUUACGCAGAGGAAGUCGUACGGCUGAUGGUCCCCAUGCUUAAGUUCUAUUUCCAUGACGGCGUUAGAACGGCAGCAGCGGCCAGUUUGCCGUACCUUCUCGACUGUGCGAAGAUCAAAGGUCCGCAAUAUCUGGAAGGCAUGUGGGCGUACAUUUGCCCGGAUCUGCUGAAAGCUAUCGAUACCGAACCAGAAUCCGAAGUUCUUAUGGAACUCCUGUCCUCUUUUGCGAAAUGUAUCGAGACUCUGGGCGCGGGUUGCUUGAGCGCGCCGCACAUGACCGAGCUACUACGGCUUUUAGACAAGUUACUUAACGACCACUUCGAGCGAGCGGUCGCUAGAUUGGAGAAACGGAAGGACGAGGAUUACGACGAGGUGGUCGAGGAACAGCUUGCUGACGAGGACAACGAGGACGUGUACACGCUCAGCAAAAUCGCCGACAUUCUGCAUGCCUUACUCGUAAUUUACAAGUCUUCAUUCUUCCCGUACUUCGAUCAGAUAUGCGGACACUUCAUGAAGUUGCUCAGCCCCGAGAGAUCCUGGUCGGAUCAUCAGUGGGCAUUGUGCGUGUUUGACGACGUGAUCGAGUUCGGUGGGCCCGAAUGUGCAAAGUAUCAAGAGUUCUUCCUGCGACCGAUGAUUCAAUACGUCUCCGACAAGUCUCCGGAAGUCAGGCAAGCGGCGGCUUAUGGCUGCGGAGUCCUGGGUCAGUUCGGCGGCGAGGGCUUCGGGCAGGCGUGCGCGGAGGCUUUGCCGAAACUGAUGGAGGUAAUCGGCGAUCCCGAGUCGAGAUCGCCGAACAAUUUGAACCCCACGGAGAACGCGAUCUCGGCGGUCACGAAAAUUCUCAAAUACAACAGCAAGGCCAUUAAUGUCGACGAAAUUCUCCCACACUGGCUAACAUGGCUGCCGGUUGUCGAGGAUGAAGAUGAAGCACCUCACGUGUACGGAUACCUGUGUGAUUUGAUCGAAGCAAACCACGCAGUAGUUUUAGGAACGAAUAACGCGCAUUUGCCGCGACUUAUUAGUUUCUUUGCCGAAGCAUUGUUUAGAAAAGCCGUGCCUACCGAUCAUCCAGUUAUGUCCAGGAUUCUUAGUAUUGUUAGGGAAAUACAGAACAACGAGACCAUGUUCCAGGCAACCAUAAUGCAACUGACGACGGAUCAGCAGCAGGCGCUUCAUGAAGCACUCAGCACUCUAAGUUGAAUUUCCACCAUCGUAACGAAAGAAAGAAAAAAAAUCUAAAGAAAUGCCCGCGUUAAUCAAUCUCCACAGGGACAGAGUCACAGAGAUAGGUAGUUAGACUAAUACCUAUAAAACGGUUUUUCGCUCCAGCCUAGCUAUAUACAUACGAGUAUAUUUAAGUGUUUCAUAUAUUAUUAUUCAUGUACUUGUUGAGUAUACAUAAAUUUCUCCAUCUCAUUAUCGGAUUCGAUAACGCGAUGACCCGUUUUCUAUUGUCAGGGAUUGUUGCCGAACACUUUGAAGCGAAAAUUGCGUUUGUCAUGAUUUAACACGACGUUUCCGUGGAUGAGAAUAUAAAACCGAGAGAGAAGUUUAUCUCGACCGAAUGAGCAUUAACGGAACUUGAAGCUCAUGUAUUCCUAAGAUAUUUCAACAUUUUAAAUAAUGUGUAUAUACGUGUGUAUGUGUAUGUAUGAUAUAUAUUUAUAUAUGUAUAUACAUGCACAUCUUUUUUUUUAUCACGUUGAUUAACGCUUAAAAAAUUUAUAAACGAUGUGUUAAAAGGAACAAAAAUGGAAAAUUUCCGUGCGACUACACUUCCCGCCUGAUCGAGAGAGCCGAACGAUGCUAAAUUAUUUUAAAAGAGAGUGGCUUUGUAAAAAUUGCGUAGAGCGUCGCGUAUGCAAUGUAUAGCUUUGUUAUGCGAAACGUAACGUUCGAGAAGCUAUGAUUUCGUCACUGUGAUCUCUUGAAAUUCGUGUCGUACAUUUUUCAAGCUGUCCCCCCCCUCGUUUCGGCAAAAUACGACAAGGCAAACAUAGACUGGACAACAAGCCAGCUCGCUCCCUCCCCCCCCCCUAGCCAUGAAGUGAACGCAAGUGACACACUCUAUUGUGAUUUAGAUAUUUUUAUUAAAUUUAGAUACCUUAAAUGUUAUUUAAUGAUAAUGUCGACGAUAUCGCAAUGUUGAGGUCUGUGUAUACGAAUGCCUUUUGAACGAAACGUAAUGAAUCGCUUUAUAAGGAACCUCAGACGAGAUUAUUGUGGGUCUAGAACGUGUAAUGAACGCAUCUUUUUUUUCUACGAAAUUACGUGAAAAAUAGAGAGAGAGGGAGAUGCAAGCUACCAUCUCAUCGCGUAAUUUUACAGUCGAUUCGCAUGUGUGUUAAGAUCAUAACGCACGUACUUGAUACUAUAAAAAAGAAUAUCUAUAAAUUAAUGUUGUGUCAGAAGAGAGAAGAAAGGUGACAGAAUUCUACGCAAGGAUUUUUAGUGAGGAUACUAAAAACUGAACUGACUCUAGCGCAAUCGCAUUACGUUUCCUUCGAUUGAUGUAACGCGACGCGAGGAAAUCGAGGAGAUUGAUGUUAAACGAAGUGGACUGAGUGAAAAUGACUCAUUUAGAUGCAGUUCCCCGUUCUUGUUGCUAUUUAUUUAUACACGAUGCGACGCGGCAUCUAACUUUGCGAGCUGCGCACCGAAAUCUCAUCGAUGAAAAGAAAUUUGAUCCCGCAGUGGGAUCUUUGCGGCUAUUUCUAACACACGAGUGCUCUACAGACGUGAUGAACCUUUUUUUACUGAGAUGUGUAAAGGAAUUUAAAAAAAAAGAAGCAGAGAAGUAAAUAAUAAACAUUUAUAUGUACAUACA